AUGUUAAAUUCUUUCGACUUGUUCGACACGUUCACGCCGGUGCAAGUAAGCAUUGCUACCGGUAACAAAUGGGACCAGAAAGAAUUGUUUGCUGUUGCUAAGGGCAACGCAACCCUCCAAUUCUCAAACGGGGCCACCAUUUUCCUUAGGGACGCCCUCUAUGUCCCAAACCUUACUCAAAGCCUCAUCUCAUUCGCGCAACUGAUGGAGAAUCAAGCAGCUAUCACUCCAUCGCCAAGCGGAUUCGAAGUGAAAAUUGACGAUUUGAGUGCUCUCACGGUUGACACAUCAAAUUAA